UGUGUCUGUGAGCACACACAGGAGCCUGUAGGCCCCCCCAUAGGGGAGGUGGGUGGGUGUGGAGCCGCCCCGGGGUGGGGCAGCUGCAGCAGUGCCUUUAAAAGCAGGACUGAGCCACAGAGACCCUGGAGAGAGGCACCCACCGAGGCACCCACCGAGACACCCCGCCAGGACACCCCGCCAGGACACCCUGCCAGGACACCCUGCCAGGACAUCCACCGAGCCCCAGAGCCUGCAGGUGAGUCCCACAGGGCUCUGCCGCUGUCCGGAGGCAUCUUGGGGACCAGCUGGGAGUCAGGGAUGGAGAAGACUUGAGGAGCAGAUGGGAGGGAUGGAGGGGGCUGGGAACCCACAGGGAGGGACAGAGGGGACUGUGAACUGGCCAGACCCCAGGAGGAGCGCCCAGGUCACCCCUCCCUGCAGGCUGAGCACGUCUGGUUGGGGGGAUGCAGCCCCUCCGCUCCCCUCCCCUCUCAGUCUCUCCACAGCCAUGAAGGUGACCCUGUGCUUCGGCCUCAUCCUCACCAUCACUGUGACCUCCUGCCUGUGCUGGCCCGUGGCACCAGGCGCUGGGGGGGACCCCCACCAGCACCCCCCCAGCCUUGUGCGGCGCGACUGGCCCGAGCACCUGUCCCAGGAGCAGCAGCACCUCCUGUCCCGGUUCCUGCCCCACGCCCUCACAGAGCUGAACAACCACAAGGGCUUCGUGCACGAGGACGAGGGGAUGGAGGCCCUGCACGAGCACUACUACCCCGACUGGAUGGACUUCGGCCGCCGCAGCGCCGAGGACGGGGCCGAUGCCGCGUAGCCGCGGGGCUGGGCUGACCAUGCACGGCACCCACAGCUCGGUGUGUGUCCCUUCCUGCAAUAAAACUCUGGCACUA